CGCGCCCCCCUGCAACCUUCCCAAUUUCACCAGCACAAGGAAUGUGGAUGCACAGCUGGUCCCGUCGCUGAGCAGAUUGGGAAGUCCGUCUCUCAUUCGCGGCAGAAGACCGAUAUCGAAGGACGGAACACCGGAGUCAACUUCUAUUCCGGCGUCCACUACCGCGUGGGACUAAAGUCACUGCAUUCUCGCCACAUUCUUUACGCAGAAAGCGAUCCUCCUCCUUCGCAGAACGUGAACUUAGUCCCACCGUUGGCUCCACUGAAAAGUUUUCGCUUUUUACCUAUUAAUCGGAUCACAAUGCAAAACAUCAGAUUGGGAUUAUACAAAUAACACAGCAGGAGGCGAAUGAUCACGGGACAAGAGGACGUGGACGUGGCCGAGAAGCAUGGACGAGGCAAUCCCUGACGUCCUUUAACUCUGCGCAUUGCCAUCCACUUGAAGCUCAAAGAUCCCAUAUCGGAUACGCCACAGUCACUUUUGUCUUAGGAGGGAGCAAAAUAUCAAGCAAAUCCCAACCUCAGUGCAUACACACACAUACGCCUUUCUGUGCAAAGUGGGCCCUAGAGCUCACUCAGGCCAGCCAUGGCAUCCAGCCUUACAUGUGUAGGGCUGCUAUGGGCCUUCCUGUCGCUGCUGAGUGCCGCCGCCUCCUGCGUUGGCUUCUUCAUGCCCUACUGGCUGCUCGGCCAGCAGAUGGACAAGCCGGUGUCGUUCGGCACGUUCCGCCGCUGCUCGUACCCGGUGCGCGACGAGGAGCGCCAGGCCACGGUGAUGGUGGAGCAGUGCGGGCGCUACGCCUCCUUCCUGGGCAUCCCCAGCCUGGAGUGGCGCAUCUGCACGGUGGUGACGGGCGUGGGCUGCGGCCUGCUGCUGCUGGUGGGUCUCACGGCGCUCAUGGGCUGCUGCAUCUCCGAGCUCAUCUCCCGGACCAUCGGACGCGUGGCUGGGGGCAUCCAGUUUGUGGGAGGACUGCUGAUCGGCUCUGGAUGCGCCCUGUACCCGCUCGGCUGGGACAGUGAGGAGGUCCAGCAGACGUGCGACAACAGAUCGGACCAGUUCCAGCUGGGUUCCUGUCAGAUUGGCUGGGCGUACUACUGCACGGGCGCGGGGGCGGCCUCUGCCAUGCUGCUGUGUACCUGGCUGGCCUGCUUUGCUGGGAAGAAGCAGAAGCAGUACCCGUACUAGAGCAACCAGCCGAGGAGACAGAGAGAGACAGAGAGGGAGAGAGAGAAGGAGAGAGAGAGAGGGAGAGGGAGAGAGAGAGGAGCUGUGAAGUGACAAAACACAGCCACGGGCACUGAGGCAGAGCAAGCAAGCAAGCAAGCACGAGAGGCACAACUCAAAAAGUGUGUGUGUUUGCGCGUGUGUGUGUGUGUGUGUGUGUGUGUGUGUGUGUGUGUGUGUCUGCCUGGCUCUUUUUGUGUUGGAGAAAAUCUGUGUGUCAGACAGAGGAAGUGAGAAUGAGAAAGACAGAAAGUUUGUGUGUGUGUGUGUGUGUGUGAGAGAGAGAGAGAGAGAGAGAGAGAGAGAGUGUGUGUGUGUGUGUGUGUAUGUGUGUGUGUGUUUGUCUGUUUGUUGUCUAAAUCAGGGACACACACUAAAGGCGAGAUCCUGCACAGCCCUGUCACAGUCACAGGGCUCUUCACGUACAAUGACGCCUGGGCCUCCUGCUACGACUACGAGAGGGAGCGCAACACAGCUACACAACAACCGUGUCGUCUGAACAGACUGGCUUCUAAAGCAGUUCGACUUUAAGGACAACCACUUCAGCAACAAACAAAACUAAAAAAAGAAAAAAGUUAAAGGACCAAUAUUUUUUCUUUCUGUAUCACUGUCAAGUAACUCUUUUUUUGAUUAGUGCUUUUUCCGUUUGACUUUCAUCUUGCUGGUUGGUGACGUUCUAGUGGUAGUGUGCCCUGUGACAAAGAGAAAAGAAAACUGACUUUGUUGUUGUUGUGGAGUGCCCCCCCCCCCCCUACACACACUUUAUAUACCCUACACAUAUAUUUUAUUUUUAGCAUAUAUCUGCCUUACGUGCAUCAUUAAAAUGCAAUAAUCUCCAUAGUAUACAACCCAAAUGUAGGUCCAUAACAUCUUAUCAUAAUGUUUAUCGGUUGAUGUAUGCUAUAGGUAUGUAUAUGUUGUGUUUGACAAUGUAUGUAUCAUAUGAGCAUACACCUUUUUGUACAAAGGAAAAGAAAAAAUAUGAAGCCAUUUAUUGUUUUUAUUGUUUUUUGUGUUUGUAAAUAAACACUGUUUAUUAUGGUUGA